CAGUCUCCACAAGGUCCACUCCUCAGCAGUAGCACCAUUUUGAUUCGCAACGCAUUUUAAAAUGCGAAAAUCUCAGGCGGGCUCCUCCCAUAGGCCAUAAAAAACUUUGCUGCUGCAAGUCUCUACACUCGUCGACCAUGGAUCUGGGUUAUCUUCUCCACCUCCUAAUUCCCUCGUGGAACUCCGUCGCUAUACUAGCAUUCUUCUUUGCUUACCUGGCCAUUGCCGGAUCUAUACUUCCCGGAAAACUUGUCCCCGGAGCCGUCUUACAAGAUGGGUCUCGUCUUCAUUAUCGCUGCAAUGGUCUGAUAUCGCUUCUGCUGCUGGCUGGGAUUCUAGGGGCUGCUUCCAAGUUGGAGAUCAUAUCACUUACUGUAAUAGCAGACAGAGGACUUGAGCUGUUAUCGACCACUUUCCUGUUUAGUUUUCUGGUCACACUAGUACUUUACGCUGUUGGCUGCAAAUCGAGCAACCGCAGUUCUUCCUUAAAGCCUCAUCUGUCUGGGAACCUUCUAGAUGACUGGUGGUUUGGAAUACAGCUGAACCCUCAGUUUAUGGGCAUCGACCUCAAGUUUUUCUUUGUUAGAGCUGGAAUGAUGGGCUGGCUAUUUAUCAACCUUUCAAUUUUCGCAAGAAGUAUCCAAGAGGGCAUGUUGAGUCAAUCAAUGGUCCUCUUCCAGUUAUUCUGUGCGUUAUACAUUCUGGACUACUUUAUUCAUGAGGAGUACAUGACCUCCACAUGGGACAUAAUUGCAGAGAGAUUGGGCUUCAUGCUGGUAUUUGGAGAUCUAGUGUGGAUUCCUUUCACUUUCAGUAUCCAGGGCUGGUGGCUUCUGAGUAACAAGGUAGAGUUAAGAACAGCCGCUGUCAUUGCAAAUUGCUUCACUUUUGUGAUCGGGUACCUAGUAUUUAGAGGAGCCAACAAGCAAAAGCAUGUUUUUAAGAAAGAUCCCAAAGCGCCUAUAUGGGGUAAACCUCCAAGGGUCAUUGGGGGAAAGUUGCUUGCUUCUGGUUAUUGGGGAAUUGCAAGACACUGUAAUUACCUUGGGGACUUGUUACUUGCACUGUCUUUUAGUUUACCUUGUGGGAUGAGUUCUCCAGUCCCAUAUUUCUAUCCAAUUUAUCUUCUAAUUCUGCUUAUAUGGAGAGAAAGAAGAGAUGAAGCUCGCUGUGCCGACAAGUAUAGGGAGAUCUGGGCAGAAUACCGCCGACUUGUUCCAUGGAGAAUUUUACCCUAUGUUUAUUAACAAGCAUUCUCUGCACUCGUUUAACAUGUGAUCAAGGUGUAGCUGCGGUCAUGACCAAAACGAAAAACAAAUGUAGCUGCAGCAGACCUCAUGCAUUCUUGUUUGUACCAAAUGACUACAAUGUUGAAGACACUAAUCAUCUAUUGCUUGUGUUCCUCGUUAAUGACAUGAAAAAUAAAUCUAGAAUGGAAUAUAAUUCAUCCACUGUAUUCCAUUUUUCCUGUGU